UUGGUGUCUUUUUGAGAAUGUUCCCCAUACAUGAUUUGGUGGUAGAACUACAUUUCCCAUACGUGUUCACGAAACUUUCUCGGGGUUUGUUUUGAAUCCGAAGAACCGAAUGACGCCCAGCAUGGAUUUUCCGGAUGAUUUCAACCAGCUUGAGCUACUAGAUACGCACGGACACCUGAUUCCCAGAGGGGCUAGCAGCCUCUGGACUGGGAGUAAGGAUGAAGAGGCAGAGAUGGAGGAUGAGGAUGAGGCCCGUAGUGAAGAGUGGUAUCUACACAAAGAAGAAACCCUCAAAGACAAGCCAGCAGAGCUCAUUCUUUGGGCCGCAGAAAACAACCGUCUGUCCACAGUCCACAGGUUGCUAGCAGCAGAAGCCUCAUUGGUACACAGCUGCGAUGAUGAUGCGUACACACCUCUACACCGUGCAGCAUAUAGCGGUCACGUGGAUGUGGCCUCCGCGUUGCUUGCUUCCGGCUCCACAGUCAACCCUCGCACUGUCGACGGUUGGACGCCGCUGCACAGCGCCUGCCGCUGGGCCCGCGUUCAUGUGGCAACCUUGCUCCUGCGCCACGGCGCCGACCUCAAUGCGCAAACCAACGGGGGACUCACAGCUCUACACCUGGCAGCCUCCCACGGCGGUUCCUCCAAAACAGACUGGCGACACACUCUGGAGCUCCUCCUGUCUCAGCGUCACCUGAAGGCAGGACUCCGCAGCAGCAGCGGGGAGAGCGCCUGCGAGCUGGCAAGACGGAGCAGCCCGUAUCACUUCCUGUUUGAGAUGGUGGAAGACUGUGCCAGUGUACUUCCAAUUUCACAAGUGUAAAAUCUUUUCAUUUUUGCCAUUAAAGAGUGAAGAAAAAUAUAUAUACAGUAUAUAUCUGUUAUACAGUAUAUAUACAGUAUGUACGUAUAUGUUUUGCGUCUUGCCUUCCCAGAGUGAUUCAGCCUGGAGAUCAGUUUGCACCAGGCAGUUCAAGACCAAAAGAAUAAAUUAAGUGUUCUUAUCAUUCAUUCAUUUUCUACCGCUUAUUCCUCACCAGGGUCACGGAGGUGCUGGAGCCUAUCACCCUGGACUGGUCGCCAGCCAAUCACAGGGCACAUAUAGACAAACAACCAUUCACACUCACAUUCAUACCUAUGGACAAUUUGGAGUCGCCAAUUAACCUAGCAUGUUUUUGGAAUGUGGGAGGAAACCGGAGUACCUGGAAAAAACCCAUACAUGCACGGGGAGAACAUGCAAACUCCACACAGAUGGCCUAGGGUGGAAUUGAACCCCGGUCUCCUAGCUUGAGGCGCUAACCACUCUCCGCCGUGUUAUUAUCAAACAAAUACAAAAAGUAGUACCUGUACAAUAAUUAAAAUGUCGGUGUAAUUGAUUAAAGGA